AUCGCUUCGCUGAAGCCUGGUCAUCCGUUGAGUCAUGUGAAACCGGGAGGUGCUGAUUCUCAUCGUGCCGAGACGGGCAGCACAUCGGUCCUCCAAAACGUUUUUGAGGGUUUGGGCGUGGGCACGCUUACCGACCGUAAUCGAGCGACACCACAACAUGACAAUGAACCACUUUUCAGUCGCUCACUUACUCUUGACCCACACCUGAAGACAUCCGAUAGUACCUACAAUAGAAGUCCAUCGAUAACACCCGAAAAUAUGUUCGCUCAACGAGACAUUAUGAGUGAGGAUAGGCUGAAGAGAAGCUUGAACACUCCAUUCGAAGUUAUGGCCUCUCAACGAGCUAGCGUCAGGUAG